GACUGCUUACAUAUAAACGGAUUUGGUAUGUUUAUGAAAUCCCGUGAAUUACUCCAUUCCUUGCUUGGUGUGAUACCACCCGAUUCCAUGGAGAGAAAUUCUAGGGUUCAAUCCAACCCGAUAUCUGAUCGAUGAUUAGGUUUGAGAGAUCUCCACCACACUUUUUACGAUUCAUUAAUUCAAACUUUUAUUUGCGAAGAAAAGUUUCGAAGGUUCAAUAUAUUUUUCAUCGAUAUCAGUUCGCCGAAUCGGUUAAGGAAGAAAAAUUCUGUUUUAAGAUUACAUAUACACAAGAAAAGAAAGCUCAAGCACUUCAUUCUGUGCAUCCAGAAAAUUUAUGAGUUAUGGAUCCAUCUGGUCGGAAAGAGAUUGUCGUACCAGGUAAACAUCGUGUUAUUCUAUUAAAUUGUUGCUUAUUAGAAUUGAAUUUAAUUAAAGACUAGUUUUUUAUUUUGAUAUUAUUAGAUUCGGCAAGUGAUUCAUUAAUUUCACCUGAUAAGAAAAGGACUAAGUUGGUUCCGCAUCAACGUUUUCGACCAGUGAAAGGUCGGACUUGUUAUUAUCAUUUCUAUCGUGGAUGAAUAAGCAUUUUUUUUUUUACAAACAAUACUGGUUUCAUGUUUCAUUUAUAAUUAGGGAAGGGACCAGUUAAUGUCCGAGCUGUUGGUCGUAUAAAUCUCAUCGAUGUUGAUGGAGUUCUUCUUCCCUGUGUUCUCUGAUGAACAACCUUAUGUUAUCUGUUUUGAUUUGCGAAAAGAGCUGAUUUUCAGCUUGGAUACUUCUGCGGAGGUGAACAACCAUCAUAUUGGAUCGAACUACAACGUCUUGUGUGAUAUUCUACGAUCUCUACUGGCUAAUUUCUUAAAAACUAGCAAUGAAGAUUUAAGUUCGGCAUCAGUUUCAAAAUCAUCUGUAAAAGUCGUUGAUAUCAGUUGGGCGUACGAGAACAAUGCGGUCGAUGCGGCGUUGUAUGUUAUGAGGCAUAUGGAGACGUUUGAGGGAGAUACUUCUGUUGAAUGGAAUAGUGGAUUGAUGAAUGCCACCGAUCAUCAUAUAGCAAUACUGAGGAUGCGAUACUGUUCAACGAUUGUUAUGUGGGAGAAGAACAAGUACAAUGAGGAGGUUUUGAAAGAUGCAUCUACAACUUAUGGGUUAGAACUUGCAGAGAAUGAAACAAGAUUCGAUAGACUUCUCAUAGGGUAACAAUGAAUAAAUACAUGUACCACUUGCUGGUUGGACUCCAUGUUUUAGGUGAAUGGUGGAUCUUAUGUCUUUCACAUGAGAUUAAAUGAACUUUGAUAUGAACAUUUUACAUACUGAACAUGGUAAUGAACGAUGGUUAACUUGAA